GAGAGAGAGAGAGAGGAAGGGAGAGUCUGAAUUGAGCAUUUUCGACGACCGAUAGUAGAGAUUCUGGUCCAGCUAGCUUUGCUCAACUAUCUUCAAGUAGUCUUCAUCGAGUUCGUUCUACGAAAGGUUUCUCUUUUAUUUGAGUUUAGUGUAUUGUGUCUUUAAGAUAACAAAGUGCUUGUUUUUCAAACAACGUAUUGAAAGAUUUUAGUGAAAGUGUCGUUCUAAUCGAACUAUAAGUUAGCUCAAUUUCGUUCAUUUACACAGAUAAGACGAAAGAAAAAACCAGGAGAGAGGAAAACGUCGCACGUUUUUCGUCGCUCUGAAUUAUACAGUUUUGAGAUCUUCGAAGACCAAACGAAUCUCAAUCGAAUCUCGCAAAGGACCUUUCUUCCAAACGAAUCUGGCAAUUUCAAUCGAUGAUGGAAAGAGGUGCGUUGCUACCGAUCACCGACAGUUGCAAGCAAAAUAUUCAAGUACACAGAAGAGAAAAUUCUAUGGCGAACGGUGGACAUGGUGUCGUUGUCAAUGGUGUGGGCGGUGGUGCUCCAGGUUCGGGAACCCUUUCACGGGAAGAAAGGCGCCGGCGUCGAAGAGCUACGCAGAAAUAUCGAACGGCACACGCGACGAGAGAAAGGGUCAGAGUUGAAGCUUUCAAUUUGGCCUUCGCCGAGCUAAGGAAGUUACUACCGACUUUGCCACCGGACAAGAAACUUUCCAAGAUAGAAAUUCUACGACUUGCCAUCUGUUAUAUCGCUUAUCUCAAUCAUGUUCUCGAAGCGUAGGGACGAUAUAAUAUCUCAAGGACGUCUCAAAUUAAAUUCAUUUUUCGAUUCAAUCAACUUCUCGUUUUCGAUAUUUUCACAAAGUUUGUUCAUUGAAAGGAUGACAAAAAAGGAAAAAAGGAAAAAAAUGGCUUAGAUAAAGGGUCAAGAGAAUCAGGUCCCUGAUAAAAUUCGAUUAUUAUAUAUAAAUGAUGGGGCUAUGUGAUAGUAUUUCAUCGAAUUAUCACAUUCAAUCGCUCAAAGCUAUCCAGUUACGAGGAUUAGCGUUCGACCAGAAUCGGAAACUAUUUCGGCUUUCCUACUCCCUCGGGAUCAUGCUCUCUUCUCCCUUUUUAGCCAGUCUCUAGUCGAGUAACGCUGUUGUCCCUUUUACGCAGUGCGAACCUUUCCCUACAUCUGUUCUCUAACGUAAGUGAAAAGAAAUAGGAUUAUCGUGGAAGGCAACUUCACGCAUCGUCGGACAUCCAUUUCGUUUUCGAUUUCCGAAUACUUUCUAUCGUUCGUCCUUUUUUUUUCGAAUUCAUUUAGAACCUGACGUAAUCUAUCGAUCAUUAAUCAAUUCUAAUUAAUUUCGAUUCGAUUCAAUCCAAUUAUAAUCAAAUAAAUAAAAUUGAAUAUAAAUAUAUUCGUGAAUGUAUCUGAUUCGAUCAUAACAAAUUGUACGACGGUUUAAAAACAUUGGAAAUUUCAUAGGGAUUAUUAAUUUAUUUAUUUUUUUGUUAUUUAAUUUGUAAUAUUCAUGCGUUAGAGAUUAGAUUAUAUAUAUAUAUAUAUACAUAUAUAUAUAUAUU